AUGGGGAAUGGGAACAUUGAACCAAACAAGGAUUCAGGUGCAGAAGCAGGUGCAGGUGCAAAUGCAGGUUCAAGGGUAGAUAUGAAAUUUGGGGCCUCGGAUCCCCUCUCUGAGCUAGUUUGGUCUCCACAGAAUGGUGUUAGUCUGAAAUGUGCUGAUUGCAGUUUCACCGACAAAAAAUCCUCUCUUUUAUGGUAUGCAGGACCGAGCAACAUAGUUCUUUCACCAUCCCAAAACCUUACAGCUGGGAGAUCCAGCACUGACAAACUUAUAAAUAAAGAUAAUUUCAUAGUUUCUCAAGGUACUUUUCAUGUGAGAAGUGAAAUGGCUGAUAGAGAUCCUUCAGCCAGGACUCCUGAAAGUGAUGCUGCUGUCAAGCCUGUAUGUGGAUUGGGUCGUGAAGACGUGACAGCAGACGAAGUUGAACUUGAUGUUGUACGAAAUGAACCAUCAUCUUGGAAUCCUACUGUUGGAGGCAGAGAUUUUGGUCAUGAGAAUCAGACAUCCGCAAUGGUAAUCGUUUUGGAUUCUGAAGUUCACCCCACAAAAGAAUGUGAAGGUAAUAACACUAUAGUGUUAGCAUCCCCGGGCAGAGGACAUGAAGGAUCUGCUCCCUUUCUGGGAAAAGAGAGCAAAGGUAAGGUGGCAAUGACAAUCGGGGUUCAUCCUUUGGAGAGACUAGAGUCCAUUUCUGAGAAUGAUGUACAAACUCUUAUUAGUGAAAAUGUCCAUGGUGCAGAAAAGAAGAUUCUAGCUUCAGAAUCUGCUCUUGGUAUUAAAUACAGCUCACAGCAGAAUGAGGAGAUAAUUCCUAAAGACAAGACUGUUUCAGACGAGGAUUCUCCCACUAAUAGCAGAAUCCCAAUGUUUCGAAGGAAAGGCAAGGAAAAGGCUCUAUCAGAUGGAGAUGUCAAUGGAAGAAUGUCAAAAGAGGAAAAUGACAGCCAUGAGAGUGUUGAAAGCUGUAACAGCACUGGAUUAUUUUCAACAGGCAAGAAGCGAUGGAACUUUGAGCAGCAGUUGAUUGUGGGGAGUAAAAGAGUCAAAAAACAAAUUCAUGAAAGUCCUGGUUCUGCAUCACACACUAAACAGGAUAGCUCCUUCAUGAAGUGGAUAUCUAACAUGAUGAAGGGUUUCUCAAAAUCAAGUCAAGAGGUGAUUCCUUCUCUUGCUCAUACCCUUGCACAUCCUAAUCAUGAUCAUGAAAGUCCUGACCACAAACUUAUCACGUACAACAAAAACCAGGGUUCUGGUUGCAGAAAUGUGGGCUUUCAGUCUAUUUUUCAGUCAUUAUAUUGUCCAAACACAAAAGUUCUGGAAAAGACACUGGAUAACAAUUAUCAAACAGAACUUGAGCUGGGCAACAGACUAUGUGACAUAAGUUUUGCAACUCCAAUAGCCUGUCACGGUCACAACAAUAACUUGUGCAAACAAUUUCGGAUUUCAAAUGAUAAUUUCACUGAAUCUACAUCAGGAAAGGGAGCAGAUCCAGCAAUUCAACCUAAGAUCUCCUCUGCUAAUUUUGCUUGCAGCCGUAAAAACAGCAAAGGGAACAAAAAUUCAUGUAACAUGACAUCUGGUAAGGUGAGAGGAGGAGCAACUUCCAAUUCCUCUAUGGAUAAACAUAAGACAAGCUGUACUCAGAACACUAAUUCUGAGCCACUAUCUGAAGUGAAGACAACUCAUAAUUUUGGUCACGGGAAUGAUCCUCUGGGAAGCUUGUGGAUAACUCGAUUUACUCCAAAAAGCUCUUUGCACUUGUUAAAUCUCCAAGGUUCUAGUGUAGCACAUGAAUGCGUCACUAAUUACCAUAGUAGUCAUUACAAUGACCUCAAUAUUGUGGAAACUGGGCCACUCACCAUUGAGGAUUCACCUAUUGGUUUUGCUCAAGAGUCAGAGAGUUGUGCACCUGAAAUUGAGACUUCUGUAGGUUUUAAUAGGAUAAAAGGCCAUAAUGAUCAGAAGUCCGUUUCAAAACUGAACCCCAUUUUACCUUCCGAAAGAUUCAAAAGUUCAUUGCCUUCUGGCUUUGCAAGGAAACUGAAUGCCUUUAAACACAUCAUGCCACCGCAUGUAACAGAUAAUGCAGCUUGUGCAACCAUCGCUUGCUUCUUUUGUGGCAAGAAAGGUCACCAUUUGCGAAAUUGUUCAGAGAUAGCAGAUAAUGAGCUUGAAUAUCUUUUAAGAAAUAUCAGUUCAUAUAAUGGAACAGAAGAGCUACCUUGUUUGUGCAUCAGAUGUUUUCAGCUCAAUCACUGGGCUGUCGCAUGCCCAAAUGCAUCCUCUAGUGUUCAAAAUCAAUUGGAAUGUGGAAUGCAGUUUAAUAAAAAAAAUGAAGAAAGUACAAAGCUGUUGGAUAGUAAUAGAAGCCCUUUUCAAGCAUGUGGAGCACAUACAGUUUGUGAUCGAAAUGAUCCAAGGAUAGAGACAGAUCCUGACAUUAAGUUGAAAAUGACUAUAGUUGCAACCUCUGAUAGAAUGAUUACUAAUGCAAAUUUGGUAGAGGAUUACAUUCCUUCAAGUUCUGGGGGAAACAAGUUGAAAGAAAACCAGAUCAUGCCUUUAUGCAAUCUUGUCAACAACCAGAUUUCAGAGGUACCGAAGGGCAUCUUUGAUGUCAUAAAAGGGCUUCGUUUAUCUCGGUCAGACAUCCUCAAAUGGAUGAAUUCUCAUAUGUCUCUUGCACAUCUAAACGGAUUUUUUCUGCGUUUGCGGCUGGGGAAGUGGGAAGAAGGACUAGGAGGAACCGGAUAUUAUGUGGCUUGCAUAACUGGGGCAGAGAGAGGGAGUUCCAAAAAUUCAAUAUCGGUGAAUGUAGGAGGGAUCAACUGCUUGGUAGAGAGUCAAUAUAUCUCCAACCAUGAUUUCCUCGAGGAAGAGCUGAUGGCAUGGUGGUGUGCAACUGCAAAGAGUGGUGACAAGAGUCCUUGUGAGGAAGAAUUAAGAAUAAAAUUAGAAGAGAGAAAAAUAUUAGGGAUGUAGAUGUAUAAGUGUUAACAGAUACUUGGCUGAGUUAGGUUUGAUGAGUUUAAGAGAUUCAAUUGUAUACAAUUUUUUUUUUUUAAUUUAUA